UUAUCCCACUGGGCAGAGGCUGGUCAUUUGCUGAGUUUGUGGGGAAUGAAUCACUCGAUCAUCUAACCGAAUGGCACACCAGUCAGUUCACACUAGAAAGAGGCCAUUCACCUGCUCAGACUGUGGGAAGGGAUUCACUUGCUCAUCUAACCUGAAGGAACAUCAGAGAGUUCACACUGGAGAGAGGCCGUUCACCUGCUCAGACUGUGGGAAGGGAUUCAGUUCUUCGUCCCAUCUGAAGGUACAUCAGCGAGUUCACACUGGAGAGAGGCCGUUCACCUGCUCAGACUGUGGGAAGGGAUUCACUUCUUUGUCCCAACUGAAGGUACAUCAGCGAGUUCACACCGGGGAGAGGCCAUUCUCCUGCUCAGACUGUGGGAAGGGAUUCACUUGCUCAUCUAAACUAAAGGAACAUCAGAGAGUUCACACUGGGGAGAGGCCGUUCACCUGCCUAGACUGUGGGAAGGGAUUCACUUGCUCAUCUGAAUUGAAGGGACAUCAGCGAGCUCAUACUGGAGAGAGGCCAUUCACAUGCUCAGACUGUGGGAAGGGAUUCACUCGACCAUCCCACCUACAGCUGCACAGGUCUGUUCACACUGGGGAGCGGCCGUUCACCUGCUCAGACUGUGGGAAGGGAUUCACUUGCUCAUCUAAACUGAAGAUACAUCAGCGAGUUCACACUGGGGAGAGGCCAUUCACCUGCUCAGUGUGUGGGAAGGGGUUCACUCAGUCAUCUGAACUGAAGGUACAUCGGCGAGUUCACACUGGGGAGAGGCCAUUCACCUGCUCAGACUGUGGGAAGGGAUUCACUAAAUCAUCUCACGUACUGAGACACCAGUCAGUUCAUACUGGCGAGCGGCCGUUCACCUGCUCAGUCUGUGGGAGGGGAUUCACUUACUCAUCUCAACUGAAGGUACAUCAGCAAGUUCACACUGAGGAGAGGACAUUCACCUGCUCAGUGUCUGGGAAGGGAUUCACUCAGUCAUCCCAACUGAAGGUACAUCAGCGAGUUCACACUGGAGAGAGGCCAUUCACCUGCUCAGACUGUGGGAAGGGAUUCACUUGCUCAUCUAAAUUGAAGGAACAUCAGAGAGUUCACACUGGGGAGAAGCCGUUCACCUGCUCAGACUGUGGGAAGGGAUUCACUUCUUCAUCCCAACUGAAGGUACAUCAGCGAGUUCACACUGGGGAGAGGCCGUUCACCUGCUCGGACUGUGGGAAGGGAUUCACACAGUCAUCUCAACUGAAAGUACAUCAGCGAGUUCACACUGGAGAGAGGCCAUUCACCUGCUCAGUGUGUGGGAAGGGAUUCCCUAAAUCAUCUCACCUACUGAGCCACCAGUCAGUUCACACUGGCGAGCGGCCGUUCACUUGCUCAGACUGUGGGAAGCGAUUCACUUGCUCAUCCGACCUGAGGGUACAUCAGCGAGUUCACAAUGGGGAGAGGCCGUUCACCUGCUCUGACUGUGGGAAGGGAUUCAUUAAAUCAUCUCACCUACUGAGACACCAGUCAGUUCACACUGGUGAGCGGCCGUUCGCCUGCUCAGACUGUGGGAAGGGAUUCACUUGCUCAUCCGACCUGAACGUACAUCAGCGAGUUCACACUGGGGAGAGGCCGUUCACCUGCUCAGUGUGUGGGAAGGGAUUCUCUCAGUCAUCUGAACUGAAGGUACAUCAGCGAGUUCACACUGGGGAGAGGCCAUUCACCUGCUCAGUCUGUGGGAAGGGAUUCAUUAAAUCAUCUCACCUACUGAGACACCAGUCAAUUCACACUGGCGAGCGGCCGUUCACCUGCUCAGACUGUGGGAAGGGAUUCACUUGCUCAUCGAAACUGAAGGUACAUCAGCGAGUUCACACUGGGGGAGGCCGUUCACCUGCUCAGACUGUGGGAAGGGAUUCACUUGUUCAUCCCAACUGAAGGUACAUCAGCGAGUUCACACUGGGAGAGGCCGUUUACCUGCUCAGACUGUGGGUAGGGAUUCACUUGCUCAUCUAAACUGAAGGUACAUCAGCGAGUUCACACUGGGAGAGGCCGUUUACCUGCUCAGUGUGUGGGAAGGGAUUGACUCAGUCAUCUCAUCUACAGACACACAGGCAAGUUCACACAGGAGAGAGGCUGAUCAGCUGCUGAGACUUUGGGAAGUAAUUCUGUCAGCAAAAUCAACCAAAUGUGUAUCAUUGAGUUCACAGUGGGGAGAGGCCAUUCACCUUCUGUGAAUGUGGGGAGCGAUUCACUCAGGUCAUUUAACCUUAUGUAACUCUUGCUUCAGCUAGCAACUUAAUAUAGGGGGUGAUAGCCCCUGAGCUUGGCCAAACCUAAGAAAUCUUGUUUGUGUGAAUGCUGCAUGAUGUGUCCCCUGUUACAAAUCAGUACCCCAAAAAUAACAAGUGCUACACAAUAUGCGAUUAAACUAUUGAGCUAUUGAAUUCUUACUUUGAGUAUAGGAUUAGUAAAGGAAACAAUAAAAGUAAAAUUGCCCUUUCUCUCCAUUCGUGUCUUCUCAUCUCUCCCUGGCAAAAGACCGUGAAAAUCUACCUUCCAGACUCACAGGAAAGAACAAUAUCUCUCUCAUUGGAUAGCUAGGCACUCCAAAACCCUGUUAUUUCCAGUCAUAAGCUAAACAUCGCUGCUGCAGAGAAACCAUUAGCUCUGCAGUGAAACAUAACAGAGAGACCAUUACAUUAGCAAUGAAAUCUCACAGCAUUUUACACUUGUGACACACUACCGGGUUCACACAGGGGAGAAAGUUUCAAUAAGCUGCAUGCUGGAUAUUUGUCCAUCACUGUUGCUAAAGCUAUUUUGAGAGUGACUAUCAGUGCUGAACUCUACAAUUAUUGCUGCUGCUCACCGCAUCCAGUUCUGGGCAUGGGAGGAGUUUCUUCUACUGCAUAUUCACCUUCAAUGGGACUGGAGUUUAAUAUUGACUGGGGUGGUGUGUGGCCAGUGAAGAACUGGAGCUUUGAAGCUUUGGCUCAAGUAGUUUUGGCAGAUGGAUUGUGCAAUCAAGUCAAUCAAGAUUUGAAUAGCUCCUGGAGGCUGCGCUUGUCUGUGAAUGGAGUAACAUCAGUUUCUGAGCUGCUCCUACUUUUGUCCCUUUCCCCCUAGUUUAAACCGAAUUUAAUAUCUUCAUUUGCAGAUUCUUGAAGGGGAACAAUGUGUCUUUGAGGAGUGGGAAGUACUUGUCUGAACCUAGUGAUAAAGGCAACGGGAAAGGAAAGAUGCAACAGGAAGGAUCUGAUGAAAUGCCAUUGUGGGCUGAAGAUAUGGCUUGGAAACAGUUCACUUAAAGACUAACUUGAAAAGAAUAGUAAUGAAAUGAUGUCAUUUCUGGGAAAACUUAAGGAUCUGGAAGCACAAGUCACUACACACAAAGAGGAAUUGAAGAUAAUUAAGCAAAAAUUGCUUGGAAGUAAAAUAAAGUAAAACUUGUUUGGAAAGAUAUCGAAAUAAGAUUAUAGACCUGGAAACUAGGUCUCGCCGAAGGAAUAUACAAAUUGUUGGGCUGCAAGAAGGAGUUGAAAAUGGAGAUUUAACUGCUUACAUUGGUAAGCUUUUUCAUACCUUAUUUCCUUCUAUAUUAUCACAGCCGCCAACUACAGAAAAAACACACAGAACACUUCGAGAUCUCAAGAUCCAAAUAAACCAAGGGCUGUUCUGGUUUGUUCUCAAUAUUUUAAGAUUGAAGGUCAAAUAAUGUGACAGGCAAGAAAACAGAGUUUUUAGAUUUGAGACAUCUGAGCUCGGUUUUUAUGAAGAUUUUUCUAAGGAGGUAAUGGAACAAAGAUUAAAAUUUACUCUGGUAAUGAAACAGGGAUAUGAUAAGAAAUUGUUUCCUUCCUUGCGUAAUCCAAUGAGGAUUAAAGUUCUUCCUCCUAAUUCUCCUCCUCGUACAUUUUGUGAUCCUAAAGUUGCACUGGCAUUUGUUUAAACUAUACCUGCUGCGACUGCCGAUUGAACUGUCUGGCACAUUAUCUGCAUAAUAGCAUUUCGGAAAGAAGAUUUAUGAAGGCUACUUGGACACUUCAUUGAGAGAUUAUUAAAAGAAGAUUAGGGGACUUGUUUAUUACUGCAGAUCAUUGUUUUUUUCACUUUCAGUUUGUCUUUCGAAUUUGAUGAUGCAAUCCUUGCCCACCCACCUUGGCGCCUGUCUCAGACAUCAUUGCAGAAUUCAGACUUUGUUAGCUUCAUUGAAAACCAGGUAAAAUAUUUUUUUUCUUUUUAAUGUUAUAUGGGGUACAUCUAAAUUAAUCAUAUGGGAUAUAUUUAAAGCAUUUUAAGGUGGUCAGAUCAUUUCUUAAUCUGCUAACCUGAAAAACCAGGAUAAAGUAGAAUUAAUAAGAUUUCAAAACAAGUUAAAGACUUGGAUAAUAUUUAUGCUAUUUCCCCUAAUAUUGACUUAUUUUAACAAAGGAUGGAACUUCAAUCACAAUAUAAUUUAUUAUUAACUCAUCCUAUUGAAGGCUAUUAGCUUCAGCUAAAACGUCAAUUUUGUAUGUUUUGAGAUAAAAACAACAAACUGCUUGUAUCUCAAUAAAAAACGGCCUGAGCAAAACGGCAAAUUUUGAAAAUCUGUAGGAAAGAUGGUACCCUGGCUUGGGAAUAUGAAGUCAUUGUUAAGAUUUUUCAAGGUUUUUAUAAUGAUCUUUAUAAAUCUAAAUUUCCAGUCGAUUCUUUUAAAAUGAUUUUUUUUUCUUAUGGAAGAUUGUUUUUCCUCGAAUUUCAGUUAAGGAUCAAAAAACUCUUGAUGCCCAAAUUACUGAAGCCAACAUUCAUAAAGCUAAUUUUUCAAUGACAUCUGGUAAGGCCCCUGGACUUGAUGGCUACCCUGUAGAAUUAUAUAAAAAAAAUGGAAAAUUUCUCUCUUGGUAUAUGUAGGAAAUGCUUAAGGACUCUUUUGUGAAAGGCAAUUUAAACUUUACUUUUUAUGACGCUUCUAAUGCUUUAAUUCUUAAAAAGGAUAAAAGUCAUUCUGAUCGUGCCUCAUAUAGACCUAUUUCAUUACUGAAUGAUGAUGCUAAGAUCCUGUCAAAGAUAAUGGCCAAGUGGUUGGAAAAUUUUUGGGUAAAGUUAUUUUUAUAGAUCAAACAGGCUUUAGAAACGGCCAUUAUUCCUUUUGAAAUGUUCGGAGAUUAUUUAACAUUAUAUACCCGUCUUCUUUUAAAACCCCACAACGUGUCGUCUCUCGAUGCUGAAAAAGCAUUUGAUCAAUUUGCAUGGAAGUAUUUAAUGUUUUGGAGAAAUUUGGUUUUGGUGUUAAUGUAAAAAAAUUGGAUUAGAAUGAUAUAUAAAACUCCUAUUGCCUCUGCUAUUACUAAUAAUUGUAGAUCUCUUUUUUCAGCUUUCACGGAGGACAAGACAAGGUUGUCUAUUAAGUCCUUUGUUAUUUAACUUAAAACUAGAAUCCCUUGGUAUCACUCUUCGUGAAGCUAAAGAUAUUCAUGGGAUUCUUGUGAAUGAGAUUUCUCUACGCUGACGAUUUUCUGGUUUAUAUAUCUAAUCCCAAAGAAUCUCCCUGCCUUGCUAAAAUUAUUUAAUGAAUUUGAAGA